AAAUUCAAUCAUUGGGUGAAUGAUGGCGAAUAUCCACACAUGGAGUUUCUUAUCUAAGAUCUGUAUGUUUUACUAGUAGUUUAAUUCCUCUGGCAAAUGCUUCUAUUUCAUCUAAGAUGAAAACUCAAAGGCCAGAUACUUCCCCCAAAUUUGGACUAUUUAUCCUCCUAAGGCGUCUGGUUGCUAGACUAUUUCUCCCGUCAUGCACAGUCAUUUGAAAAUUCCAAACAUGGCGGUAGACUCGAGAACUUCUCGCAUGAAAUUCGCGAACGCGAUGCCGUCGGCAGACUCCGGGAUGAAGUUCAGUACGUGGACUCCUAUGAACGAUGCGUCGGCCAACUUGAAGGUUUUUGAGGAAAGACGAGAACUAGUCAACAAAUGGUUUGAAAAGUGGAACGAUGCUCAGAGGAAAAAGGUCCUGGAGGACCUGGUCGACAAAUGUAAGACCAAACAGCUCCUGUACACCCAGUCCUGUAUAAACAAACGUGCGCCUGUGGAGCACACAGACUUUACCAAGAUCUUACCCCGGGUCGUCUGUCUCUACAUCUUCUCUCACCUCGAUCCCAGGAGCUUAUGUCGCUCUACUCAGGUAUGCUGGUACUGGAAGUACCUGAGUGAGUUGGACCAGCUGUGGAUGCCUAAGUGCUUACGGCUUGGCUGGUACAUCAACUUCACCCCCAGCCCGUUCGAACAGGGCAUCUGGAAACGGCACUACCUGGAGAGAGUUCAGCAGCUGCACUUCUUUAGACCAGGGGACCCAGCGAAGGAGGAACGCCCCACGUCUGCCCGUAACGUGAACGGUGAGGGGAACCUGAGGACCAAACCUCCCAAACCUACACCCAAGAAGUGGGAACCGCCUCCAUGGAAGGUGUCAGACAAGAGUCCCGGAGACACCAAGAGAUUUAACUACCUGGACAAUAAAGAUUAUGUUGCUAGUGUGAGAGAAUCGAGGUCCCGAGGCUCCGUACCAGACCUGACACAACUCUUCUCCAAGUCUGUCGUCAAAAAGCCGUCCAGAAAAACAGCCAAACUGGUCAAGGCAAAGUCUGCUUCCAAGUUGGAUGAGUCUUCUCCCAAGUUCGGUGAGCGUCCAGGCUGGGCGCAGCACCAGACCGGCGCUCCGUUUGUGAACCUGUCCAACACGGCAAACGUCAGCGACUCGGUGGACGCUGGGAAGAGGCCGGGACCGGCACGGAACAUUCCCAGACUCGGACGAGACGCAGAGAAGGCAAACUCAAGAUCAGAACGGGACCCUCCAACUGCUCCGCUGUUCAAGACCAACCCCUGGACAGUUCCUGUAGCCGCAGAGUCAGACGACGAAGACUGGUAACAACUACAGCAGCUGCCCGUGGACUUGUAACAG